AUGUUGCAACAGCGCCGAGGAGGCGCAGCACCGAGGAAACGAAGACACGGAGUCGUUCGGAAAUUCGUGAUGUGUCUCGUCUUCGUCGCCGCCGUGCGUUUGUGCGUGAUGUUGCACCAAGCCGCGAGCAAAGCGGAAUCAUCGUUACGAGGACUCGGAGGAGAGGAGGAGAAGGAGGAGGAGUCGACGACGAUGAUGCCGACGACGACGAAAAAAACGCCUCCGCCUCUGUCGCAAAAGCAGAAAGAGGUGCAGUGGGCGUACGAGAAACGCAAAGCGGCGAGAGAGAACAGAAAGAAAGGCCAAGAGAAGGAGUACGCGAAGGAGAACGAGUCGAUGAAAAGUAUGAGCCAAGCGCGGCGGGCGAGAUUGAAGACGCACGGAGAAAGAGACGGCGGCGGAGAAGGCGAGGACGAGGACGACGAGGACGACGAGGACGGAAGAGGCAGAGGAGGAGAAGGGAGAGAGGAAGAGGACGACGGCGAAGGAGAAGAGGACGGAGAGUACGAGGAUGGCGAAAAUGGGAGUAGUCGAGGGAGUAAGAAAAACGAAAACUGGGCCGAAGAUAGCGAGAAUCCCGAGGACGCGUCGGUGGAAACGUUCGAGCCGACGCCGUCAAAAGGUGGAAGUUUUGAUUUCUCGCGAACAAAGUUCGCGUUUGGAGGUCCAAAGUGCGAAAGUUGGAACGUGGAAGAUGGUGAUGGCCCGCAGGUGAAGAUCAAACGCGCGGUGUGGAUUCAAACGCACGGGAACAACACGGCGGCGCAGUUGAAAGCGGCGGAGUUGAAUAAGAAAACCGGUCAGAGAGAAAACGCGGCAGAUAAGGUGUACAAAUCGUUGCGGUAUCAUCACGCGCCAUCUUUGGCACGGUUGCCUAACGGCGGGUUCGUAGCGAUGUGGCACGCUUCUCCGGAGGUCGAGGGCGAACGGUCGCAACACAUUCGCGUUUCGACUUCGGACCACAACGGCAAGUCGUGGUCAAACUCGUUCAAAUUGAAAGUGCCGAGACGACGGGCGCAGUGGAACCCAGUCGUGCACAUCGAUUCGAGUGGAAGAGUUUACGUUUUUUACAGCGAAUCCGAGGGUGAUUGCAUAAAGCCAACGAAACCGCCACAAUGGCCGCCCGGUGGGUCGAUCAAGAUGACGUACACGGAAGAUUUGAAAAUCACGGAGGAUUCGAAAUGGUCCACGCCGAAAACAAUUUAUAGCUUAGACGAGGAUAAAACUAUACCAAAAAUGGUUUCGAAUAACUUAGUCGUGUUAGACGACGGGAAAACCUGGGCGUUACCGAUAUGGCGAGAGCACGCCGGGAUGGCGACGUACGCGUGGCCGACGAGGUUAGCGCAUUGUCGCGUGCGAAACAAUCGUCACGGGCAAAAGUGGACAAACACGGCGGAACAUUCGGCAGGGUUACUCGUCAGUGAAGAUUAUGGUGAAACGUGGACGGCGAGAGGGUAUUUAGAACCCGCGCCGUACCCAGACGACGAUUCGAGCGGUGGAGGAGGAUGGUCGGUGGGUCAGAAAACGACCGAUUUAAUGGACGGCAGUUUGUUCCAAAGCGCGGACGCGAAGACGCUUUCGAUGUAUUUCAAGACAACCGCUGGGGCUAUUUACGGUUCAAACUCGGCUGACGACGGGAAAACGUGGUCCGAACCUUCAUCCAUAGGCAUCGAUGCUCCGGAAUCGAAAACGCUCGUCCAGAGACUCUAUUUCGAUGGCGAUCAGAAAGGACCGCUUUUGAUGGCGUACAACGCGCACAAACGAUCAACCAUCACAAACGCUGUCGGGAAAGAGGUUCGUUUACCAAUCAAGUGCAUCACGAACAUGCUGUUGGCAAUUUCUCCGGACGAUGGGAAAACGUGGGUGAAAGUAGGUGCCGUUCGAGGUACGACUACGGCGCCGGGACUCCGAUUUCACUCGCCGAGCGUCGUUCAGAGCGGAUGUAAACUCUUCGUAGCGUACUCGAAACUCUACGCGAGAGGCUACCAAUUUAGCGAGAACGAUAAAGAUUUAGGCAUUCGACUGGUGCACAUAAGCAUGUAG